CCAGGCUGCCUUCCCGCCUGGCCUGUGCACCAGCCUGCCUCUCCCACCGGCUACUGCCUCCCGGCCGGGGCUGGCAUCUCUGCUCUCAGUCCUGCAGCCUGGACUGCGUCUCCAUCACCGCAGGGCUGGCGAGGGGCCUGCUGGACACCAGGGCCCGCCCUCCCAUCACUGGAAGGGUAGUGCUCCUUCCUCAUUUUGCUGCUGAUUCUAGCCCCAAACAAAACAGGUUGAGCCCUUUUCCUCCCUCCCGCAGCUCCUCUCUGGCUUGCGGCUGCCUUCUGAGCCGCUGCAGACGGCGCCGGCCCGGGAGGGGGGGUGGCUGGGCCAGCCCUGUCGGGACUGGGACGGUGCGCCUGGCUCCUGGCCCUCGUUCAGCCCUGUCUGUGGCAGGAGAGCAAGCUUUGCCGUGGCAGUCGCCUGAAGAUGAUGCCCCAGCUUCAGUUCAGAGAUGCCUUCUGGUGCAGGGACUUCACGGCCCACACAGGCUAUGAGGUGUUGCUGCAGCGGCUGCUCGACGGCAGGAAGAUGUGCAAGGAUGUGGAGGAGCUGCUGAGGCAGAGGGCCCAAGCAGAGGAGCGGUAUGGGAAGGAGCUGGUGCAGAUUGCCCGGAAGGCAGGCGGCCAGACAGAGAUCAACUCCCUGAGGGCCUCCUUUGACUCCCUAAAGCAGCAAAUGGAGAAUGUGGGCAGUUCCCACAUCCAGCUGGCCCUGGCCCUGCGUGAGGAGCUGAGAAGCCUUGAGGAGUUCCGUGAGAGGCAGAAGGAGCAGAGGAAGAAGUAUGAGACCGUCAUGGACCGUGUCCAGAAGAGCAAGCUCUCUCUCUACAAGAAGGCUAUGGAUUCCAAGAAGACAUACGAGCAGAAGUGCCGGGAUGCCGACGACGCUGAGCAGGCCUUCGAGCGCAUUAGCACCAAUGGCCACCAGAAGCAGGUGGAGAAGAGCCAGAACAAAGCCAAGCAGUGCAAGGACUCAGCCACGGAGGCAGAGCGAGUGUACAGGCAGAACAUCGAGCAGUUGGAGAAGGUGCGGGGCGAGUGGGAGCAGGAGCACCGGACCACUUGUGAGGCUUUCCAGCUGCAAGAGUUUGACCGACUGACCAUCCUGCGCAAUGCCCUGUGGGUGCACUGCAACCAGCUCUCCUUGCAGUGUGUCAAGGACGAUGAGCUCUACGAGGAAGUGCGGGUGACGCUAGAAGGCUGCAGCGUGGAAGCUGACAUUGAUGGCUUCAUCCAGGCCAGGAGCACAGGCACGGAGCCCCCAGCUCCGGUGCCCUACCAGAACUAUUACGAUCGGGAGGUCGCCCCGUCAUCCGGCAGCCCUGGCAUACAACCGUCCUGCGGCAUGAUAAAGAGGUUCUCUGGGCUGCUGCACGGAAGUACCAAGACUACAUCACCGGCAGCUUCUGCAGCUUCCACAGAGACCCUGACCCCAACCCCUGAACGGAGUGAGGUUGUCUACUCUGCCAUCGCGGUGCAGGAGGCGCCGGGCCCCCCACGCGGGCAGGCCCAGGGCUACAGGGUGCUUUACGACUACACGGCCCAGAAUUCCGACGAGUUGAACAUCUCUGCAGGAGACAUCCUGGAAGUCAUCCUGGAAGGGGAAGAUGGUUGGUGGACAGUGGAACGGAAUGGGCAGCGUGGCUUCGUCCCUGGUUCCUACCUGGAGAAGCUUUGAGGAAGGGGCAGUAGCCCCCACCUGGACCUGCCCUGCUCUGGGGCCAGCAGUGUCCCCAAUGCUGCCCCGGCCUUGCUGGGGCCCUAAG